CUUAUCACCGUUAUACAGUACCGUAGCAUCAUGCUAAGCUAAUUCAGGCUAUAUUACAUUAUAAUUCCGGCUAUAUUACACCAAAUAUUGGUUAUAUUAGGUAUAACGACGGAGGCUGCUACAGACUGGUAGGGUAAGUCUAUCUGAGGAAAGGGUGAUGAUAUCCACAUGCUAAACUGGAGAAUACCAGUGCUGGGCUAAAUCGCGAGAUAAAGGAAUGAGAGGCAAGCACACAUAGCACUGCUACUUCCCAGCUCUUUAUUCCUGCAUCCAAAUGAUCAACAAGGCUCUCUGACCAGACAUGGGGAACAUCUGGACCAGCCCAGUCGCUAUGCCAGGGAAUGGAGAUGACACCAACACCAGCUCUGAUCCCUUUCUGAGAAACAAUGAUACCCUGAGAGUCCUGUCUGACUACACCUCUGCAGAUGUCAGUGAAACCCUGGUAGUCUUGUCUGACUACCCCUCUGCAGAUGUCAGCGUGCCUCUCUUCAGGAUAGGAGAGAGACUGAGACUCCUGGCAGAGGAGGGUUACUGGUGGAGGGUUUCUUCUGUCCAAACAGGAUAUGAGAACUACAUCCCCAACAACCAUGUGGCCAAGGUCUAUCACGGCUGGUUGUUUGAAGGGGUGGCCCGACCCAAAGCAGAGGAGCUGCUUCGUCUGCCUGGAAACAGAGCUGGCUCCUUCAUGAUAAGAGAAAGUCAAAAAGGAGUGUAUACCCUGUCUGUACGGCACAGGGUUGUGGUACACUAUCGUAUUAUUCGCCUUCCCAACAACUGGUACUACAUCUCUCCUGGUCUAACCUUCCAGUGUCUCGAGGACCUCGUCAACCACUACUCUGAUUGUGCAGACGGCCUGUGCUGUAUUCUCACCACCCCCUGUCAGGCUGUAACCAAUGGCAACCUCAACCUGGCCUCCCAGGCACCCCCUGUGGUGAUGCACAACAACUUCGACUGGAAAGACGUCAACAGCUCGGAGCUGACAGACCAGCCUCAUCGUUACCCCGGCAACAGAGACUCUAUGAUCAGCUUUGGCUUGCGGAACACAGUCUCCUCCUACAUGUCUCUGGGGGACAUGAGGAAGGAGAGGAAGAGCAGCAGCUGGAGGAGGAAUAAGAGGAGGAGCAGUGUGUGUGUACCUCCCGGUAACGGUCACGGACUCAGCACUACAGCACUGGAAGAGGAAGAGGAAGGGAUGUACGCACAAGCCAUCCUCCUGAACUCUUAAGACUGGAUAUGGCCUUAAAUGUAUAGAGAGGACAUAUCCUGCAGUAUAGAGAGGACAUAGUGCUGUAUAGA